AGACAGAGAGUUGAGUUCAGUCGCUGAAUCUGACUCCUUCGCCUUCUCCUCCGGAGAAACCCAAUGAAGAAUCACCUCCUCAGGCUUCACUCUCGCUCCAAUCCCUAAAGCAUGGCCUCCUGCAUCGCCGUCUCCCACUUCUCCCUCUCCACCAACCCCACUCUCCAUCCGCCAAAUCGCCGCUCCUUUGGCAGGACUCCCCGGUCGGCCAAACUUCUCUGUCGCCUGGCUGCCGAAAGCUCCGAUGGGUCCACCUCGUCCGGCGAUCUCCGAGUGGCAUUCGCGGCCGGCGGCACCGGCGGCCACGUACUUCCGGCCUUGGCUAUUGCGGACGAGCUCAGAAUCAUGAAACCUGGGAUCCGAGUCCUCUUCUUCGGCAUGCCCAAGAGCAUGGAGAGCACGGCGGUCGCGGCAGCGGGCUAUGACUUCACCUCCAUUCCCGCCACUCCAUUGUACCGUCCGCUAUUCUCUCCCAGAAACGUCUUUCUUCCUUACCGUUUGGUUAAGUCGGUGAUUUGGAGUUACCGGAGAUUGCAAGAAUUCGAUCCUGAUAUUGUGGUUGGUACCGGCGGAUACGUGUCAUUUCCUGUUUGUCUAGCCGCGGUCUUGAGAAGGGUUAAGCUUGUGAUUCAAGAGCAGAACGCGUUUCCCGGUUUGGCUAAUUGGAUCCUCGCACGUCUUGCCGACGUUGUGUUUGUCGCGUUCAAUUCGACCGUGGAUUCCUUACCGAAGCAUAAGUGCGUGGUGUGCGGGAACCCGGUGAGGCUGGCCUUGAAGAGGAAUGUUUCGAAGGUGGAGGCGAAGCUACAUUUCUUCCCGAAAGUGGAGAGCGUCGGCGAUUCCGUGGUGAAAGUGGUUUUGGUGCUCGGCGGCUCUUUGGGUGCUUAUACUAUUAACAUCGCCUUGCUGAAUUUAUAUUAUCAGAUGCUGACGGAGAACGAGAACUUGUUCAUCAUAUGGCAAACUGGAGUGGAGUCCUUCAACGAGAUGGAAAGCCUUGUCAGAAACCAUCCCCGCUUGCUGUUGCGUCCGUUCUUGCGCUCCAUGGAUAUGGCAUAUGCUGCUUCCGACCUGAUUGUCUCGAGAGCUGGUGCAAUGACUUGUUCUGAAAUUUUGGCAACUGGAAAACCUUCCAUUCUGAUCCCAUCACCCAACGUUGCCGAGGGACAUCAGUUCAAAAACGCUUCUUUAAUGGCAGACUUAGCAGGAACAAGGAUUAUAACUGAAGAUGACCUUGAUUCAACCACCCUCAAAAUGGCAAUUGAAGAGUUGUUAGGAGAUGAAAAUCAGUUGGCGGUGAUGUCAGACAGGGCUCUGAAAGCGGCAAAGCCUGAGGCUUCGGCAGAGAUUUCGGAGCGCAUUCUCUCUUUGGUGAACUCAUCCCCGAGAACAUCACACGAGGUUGAGCAGAUUUAGCAAAGGGGAAAACAUAAGUAGGUGUUACUGCCUGAUAAAUGUGGCAAAUGCCAGUAAAAGAGGGACGACAUGGAGGUACUUCUCCUCUUUUGCUGCUGCUUGGUUUCUUUCCUUUCUCAUCAUCAGCAACCAUCUCCAAAUGACAUGGGGGCUUGAAGACCGUGUCUUUUGAUUCGGUCAUGUGGAUCAGUGGCACUUAUCUUUCUUAGUUACCCGACUCUGGCAUACCAAUAAAAGGGGAUAACUGUCCACCUAAAUCUAUUGCACGACAGUUAAUUUUCAAUCUUAUACUUUUUAAUUUUGUCAA